AUGAAGAUCCUUAUCGUGGGAGGCACUGGCAUGAUCGGCGGCCAAGCGGCCCUCCACCUCCGGUCCCAAGGCCACCAAGUCACCAUCAGCGGCCGCCGUGCACCCACGGAAGUUGCCGCCCUCGUCGAGCUCCCAUUCCUCCAAGGAAACUACCUCCGCGGUGACAUUACUAUGGACCAGCUUGCCCGUUUCGAAGCCGUGGUGUUCGCGGCCGGGAGCGACGUCAGGCAUGUGCCGGAAGGUCAGGGGGCCGACGAACACUACCUGCAAGCCAAUGGAGAGGCUGUACCGGCGUUCGGCCGCCUGGCUCGGGAAGCAGGCGUCAGGGUGUUCGUGCACAUUGGAAGCGUCUAUCCUCACAUCGUGCCCGACGCGGUCCGUUCGAGCCCCUACGUCCGCUCCCGAAAGCUAGCUGCCGAAGGGGUCGCUGCACUUGCCACGCGCGACUUCCACGCCUGCAGCAUAGAUCCUCCGAUCGUCGUCGGCACGGUCCCUGGCAUGAAGUCGCCGAUGUUCGAAGCCUAUGUACAGUACGCGGAGGGAAACCUCCCCAUCCCUCCUUUCGCGCCAGCUGGAGGGCUCAACUUUAUUUCGACGCAGUCUCUUUCCGAAGCCAUCGCCGGGGCGAUUGAGAAUAGUGAGACUGUGUCUGGAAGAUCAAUCCUGGUUGGCGAUGAGAACAUGACGUACGCGGAGUACCUCGAAAUGUUCUUCCACGCCGUUGGAAACCCGCAGAAACUGCCGGUUCUGGAUCAGGACCACCCGCUGAUGCCCCGGUCGACGCUCUAUGCGGGAGACAGGGUUGUCACGUAUGAGCCCGAUGCUGCAGAUGUGGCAGCUUUAGGAGGGUAUCGGCGGAACGACAUUAGGAGUGCUGUCAGUGAGAUCGUAUCCCAGCAUCGUCAACGCGAAUAA